UCUUUCCUCUUGCCAUUGCAAACACGGCCGUUCAAAAGCCGCCAUUAGCAGAUGAAUAGUCGCCAAGAUGACAUUUUUACGCCGUCACUCCUCAGUGACGCUUCGCACGACGACAACGCCUCUGUCUCUGCUGCUUCGAAGGCGGCUCAGGAAUUUCUCCGCGACGCCCGAGAGUGGGAAGCUCGACGUUCCGGAAUGCGUGUCCCUCUUGCAACAUCUUGGCGACACCAGGGCGCUGAACCCCGGCAGGUCGCUUCACUCGGUCGUCGUGAAAGCUGGGUUGGAUCGGGAAGUGUUCGUGCAGAACAAUGUGAUGAGGUUUUACUCCCUCUGCGGCGAUCUCGCGAGUGCCCGCUUCCUGUUUGACGAAAUGCGUGAACGCAGUUUGGUGUCUUGGACCGGCAUGAUUUCUUCGUACGUGAGCAACGGCCAGUACGAGCUUGCUUUGCGGUUGUACGCUCUUAUGUGCCGGACGGGUGUGAGGCCGAAUGAAUUUGGUUUCCCCGUGGCGCUUAAGGCGUGUAGACUUGCUCGUGAUUUCACGAUGGGAAUGCUCAUCCAUGCACAGUUACUCAAAUGUGGGUUUGAGUCUGAUGGGUUCUGCAGUACUUCUGUUCUUGGCCUCUAUAUUGAAAGGGGAGACUUGAGGACCAGUCGUAUGAUGUUUGACAGCAUUCCUUUAGGCAAAAGAUCUGAAGCCUUAUGGAAUACUCUGCUUGAUAAUUAUGUACAGAACAACUAUAUAGAGGAGGCUAUUCAGUUAUUUUAUCAGAUGAUGCAGUGUGAUGUACAGCCCAAUCAUUUGACUUACGCGAUCCUUGCAAAGCUAGCGACCGACACAUUGGAUGUUGGCUUGGCAAGAUUGUUUCAUGGCCAAAUUGUUAAAGUUGGUUUAGAAAAUGAUGUUAUUGUAGGUGGAGCUGUGGUUGAUUCUUACUCAAAACUGGGAUUCCUGGACGAUGCUCUGGGAAUAUUCCAAAAUCUAGAAGAGAAAGAUAAUGUGGUUUGCUGUACUCUACUGGCUGGGUUUCAUCAGAGUGGAGAUGCUGAAAAAGGCCUUAACUGCUAUAUCUCGUUUCUUGCCGAAGGUAAUAAACCUGACAUAUAUACACUAGCCAGUGUUUUUAGUUUGUGCUCAAAUGUGAAUAGUGCAGCUCUCGGUAAGCAGCUACAUUGCUCUCUGGUUAAAUAUGGCUUCAAAUUAGAUUCAUUUCUGGGUAGUGCUAUUAUAGAGAUGUAUGGAGGCAUGGGAAUGGUUUCUGAAGCUUACAAAUGCUUCCUUGAUGUCAACAGUAGAAAUGAGAUAUGCUUUAGUGUGAUGAUUAGCAAUUUAGUUCACAAUCAUUACUGUCAGAUGGCUCUGGAUUUGUUCUAUGAGGUUAAGAGUCGAGGUCUUGCACCAAGUCAUUCUAUGAUUAGUGCCAUACUUCGACUUUGUGGAGAUCUCCAGUUGUUUAAAGAAGGAAGAUCGAUACAUUGUCAUGUUGUCAAAAAUGUUGGUGAUGACGACUAUAGAAUGUACUUAGAAAAUGCCCUUAUCGACAUGUAUGCUAAAUGUGGAGCCAUUGAUUAUGCAAAACUGGUGUUUGGAGAAAUGCAAAUGCACAAUGAGUUUUCAUGGACAGUCUUAAUGUCAGGUUGCAAUGAAGUAGGCUGGUAUCAAGAAACUUUGAGAAUGUUUUGUGACUUGGUUUGUACUUCAACUUCUGUAAAACCUAGCCAGUUUACUCUUGUGAAUGUCCUUCAGGCUUGCACACAGACAGAAGCACUGGUUACAGGAAAACAAAUCCACGGUUACAUUAUAAAAGUUGGAUUUGAGUCUCAUCUCUUUAUUAGAAGUGCGUUGAUCAAUAUGUAUUCAGCCUUUAAAUUCGGAAUUCAGGAUGCUUUUAUUGUGUUCUCAUCUAUGAUAAAGCGAGAUUUGGUCUCCUGGAGUACCAUGAUUACCGCAUGCACUCAAAAUGGGCACUAUGAUCAAGCUCUAAAACUUUUCUCUGAAUUUCUAAUCUCACCCGAGUACUUGGUGGAUGAUUCUAUAUUAUCCAGUUGUCUCUCUGCUUGUGCUGGCUUGUCUGCACUAGAGUUGGGUAUACUCUUUCAUGCCUGCAUUAUCAGAACUGGUUUUAUGUCUCAUGUGCAUGUUGCAUCCUCAACUAUUGAUAUGUAUAGCAAGUGUGGAAGUCUGGAAAAUGCAUGUAAGGUUUUUGACGAGAUGGAAUGCCAUAAUUUGGUUUCUUACACAACUAUGGUGUCUGGAUAUGCGCGACAUGGCCAAGGUAGAGAGGCCUUUGCGCUGUUUAAUAAGAUGAAGAGAGCAGGGUUACAACCAGAUGCAAUCACCUUUGUUGGGGUCUUGAAUGCAUGUAGUCAUGCUGGGCUUGUGAAAGAAGGUUGGCUUGUUUUUGAGUCUCUCAGAAAUCAAUAUAAUUCAGAGAAAACAGUAAGUCACUAUGCCUGCAUGAUUGAUCUCCUGGGUCGAGCUGAACUUUUGGAUGAGGCAGAGAAUCUCAUAAAUGAAGUUCCAUCAAAUUGGAGACCUCUUCUGUGGAAGACAUUAUUGAACACGUGCAGUAAACAUGGGAAUGUUGAAACAGCAAAUAAAAUUGCCCUGAGGCUAAGCAAGUUAGAGCCUAACAGACCUUUAAAUUAUCUCCUGUUGUCUAACAUCUAUGCGUCAGCUUCACUUUGGGAGGAUGUUGCAGAAUUUAGAGGAAGACUGAAAGAAGUUCAUCCUCGAAGGCAACCUGGAAGCAGUUGGGUCCAAGUGGCACAGUGAUCUCUAUUAAUCUGUUGAUCCUCAGUUCUCUCUGAGAACAACUUUGUGAUGUUAUGCAGAUGAUUGCACUUGAGAGAUGCAUUUGCUAAUUCAAUGUAAUGGAAACUAUGGCAAAAAAUGCUGUUGAGGGAUGAUGCACUCCUGACUGCACUUGAAAGCUACAGUACAAGUGGCAGCUAUUAACCAUGAGGUGUUCUGGUUAUCGGUCAGUCCCAGGGGUAUUAGCCAAAGUUAGCCACUUGAUGGUGCUCAACUCAGAGUUGUUCCAGUUGCAUUUGUAACAAAAUGGUACCGUCAGUGGGGUACUGAGAAGGAUGAUAUGAGAGCUUCUAGAAAUUUGAUAUCAUGAAGAAAUGAGGUGGUCAUGUGGCUAUAUUUGAUGUUAGCCUUACUCAUCUGAGACUCUUCAUUCUGUAAUAGGUAGGUUGCCUGUUUUAUGAUUUAAAUUGAGAAGUUUUUAAUGAGAAAUUGGAACAAUUACUUUGGAUGAGCAGAGUAGAAGAUGAUGAUGAUUACAGGUACUUAUGAUGGCUUACUGUCUCUGGAUGUCUCCUGGUGCAGCAAACUAUUGCUGUGCUGAGCUUCCAGGACAUGUAUGCAUGACUUUUCAUCAACUGGACAUCUGAUUCUGUCCUGCUGAACAUUUUCCAAAAUAUGUUUGUCCUAUUGAUUUGAAGGGACACUAUGGCCUCGGAACAGAAGGAAUGCAUGUGCUAGUUGUUUUUCUUCUUUUCAUGGUAUUGUGCUUCUUACGCACCAAAAGGCAUAAUCAUAUAUGAUGUGUGUUUGCAUUAUAUGCAGUGGCCCAUGUGGUUGCAAUGGAGCUUGAUCUGAGGGUUAAAUCUUACGGGGUUCUGAUAUAAUUCUUAAGUCCUGGUUAAGCUUUUUCACUGGAAUUGAGAUUUUGGACUGUGCAGAUCUUUUUCCCUUGCUCCCCAAUCCACACUCAUUUCAUUCUGAUACUUUUUUUCAGCAUUAAAUUUACAGAACUGACUUUUCUCACGAUAUGCUUUUGCUGCGGAUACUUCUACUUUUUUUAUUCUAGAGUUGGUUAAAUUGGAAAUUACAGAGUUGGCCUUCAGGAGAGUGAAGGACGUAAUGUUAUUUCUGCCUGGCUAACUUCUUUUUUGGUUCACCUAGCAAAAAUGGGGAAAAAGUUAUUUUUGUGAUUCACAUUUCUAAUAUGGCUUUUCCCUUAUGCUGUCUGGGGUAUGGAAAAUGUUGAAAAUGAAUAAAUCUGUCUUUCGUUUCUAGACCUGAAUUUUGCAUGUUUAAUGGCAUAUCCGAAAGUAUAAUUGUGCACAGAGUUUCCCUUUCAGCUGUUAAAUGAAAAUAGAAGAAGCAGAAAACAUGGUAAAAAUAGAAGAAAAAUUAUCCAAAUCUGAAAAGAAAAAUUGUGGCUUCAAUUGAGUACUGAAGUUUGGUGCAUACUUGUGUAGAACGUUGCUAUAACCAGUCUAGAUACCUUUUCGAGAUUGUUCACAUCGGACUUGGCAAACAUUGUGCCCAUAGGACAGUGUGAACAAUUACCACUAUUCUGCCUUAGAUGGAUUGCCAUCUCUUUGUUACUCAUGACUACUCUGUUGGAAUUUAUGAGACUCAGCCUCACGAAACUGUUUCUGGAUUUUUUUUAUUCAAUUUCUAGGGGCAGGUAAAUGAGUAAAAAAUUGAAUUUCCAUCAUCCUUGGCUUAGUUCAUUACGAUAUUGCAAUUCAUAUCUUACAAUUUGUGAAUAAUAUGGUGGCUGACCAUUCAUGGAAUGGACCAGACUGCUAUCUUGACUUGACUUGGAAUCUCUGAGAGAGAUGGGAAUGGAAUGCUGCUGAAGUGAUCUGACUGAGCAAGCAUUUUUUGCAAUGGUGAAUCUAAGGAGUCUGGUUUGUCUCUGCUGUGGAAGCUCCAAAAGGAAAGAUGCCAGCAAACCGACCCUUGAAGCUGUCAAGGUGAAGAGAAAUGAGACUCUACUUUAUAACGUUGGCCAACCUACUUUGAUGCCAAAGAAGGUGUUGGGAAUAGCAGUAGCAGUGAUGCUAGAGAUGGCGGAAUGGUGAUUUUGGCUGGAGUGGCUGCAGAUUUGGUGGCUACAGCCUCUGUAACCGCCGUUGAUGGUCAAGGAAGUGGUGCGAACAAGGAUACUGAAGUGGGUGAGGAACGCAGCAUUGACGUUGGGAGUGGUGGUGGUGGUGGAGCCGGUGGGUGUGGUGCGGGUCUAGGAUAACAUAAUGACAUGGAUUAGGAACGAAUAAUAUAUGUAAUUUAUCUCAAUCCUUCUCCUGAGUGUUAUCAAUUCGCAUAUAUUCUAUGGCAAGACAAGAUUUAUAUCCAUUGAGUUCUUUAGGGUUGA